CUGGGUUCACUAAUGCCCCAAUCUGCUUCUCCUAAUGGGUUUCCUAAUCCUAAUGGGAAUCCUAAUGGGUUUCAUGGACAGUUGUAAUCCUUGACUGACCCCCACUGGGUACUGGGAGGCACAGGGAGCUACUGGGACCAUGUUGGGAGCCAACUGAAAACACACUGGGAGCACAUGGAAGAUGCUGGAACCAUGUUGGAGGUACUGGGACCAGAAGUGGGGCAACUAGGAUCACACAGGAGGGGACAACUGUGUGACAACCCAGCAUGGUUCCAUGCUGGGUUCAUACUGGGAGUGUCUGGAACCACUGGGGCAACUGUAUCAUACUGGGAUCAUAGUGGGAUCAUUCUAGUAGGGACAGGAAUUGACUGGGACCAUUGGGGAUGUGACAGGGAUCAUACUGGGAGUAGUUGUGAUCAUACUGGACUCAUACCGGGAGUGACUGGAAAGCACUAGAAUCAUAUUGCAGGGGACUGGAAUCAUACUGGGAUCUUUCUGGGAGUAACUGGAACCAUGCAGAUGACCGGGAGCAACGGGAACCACACUAGGAGUGACUGGGAUCACACUGGGAGGAUAACAGAGAUUACCCUGGGAGCACCAAGGCGCGGGGUGCCCGGGGCGGGGUCAUGCACAUUUAUGCUAAUGAGCCCUCGGCCGCUGCGGCACCAUCGAGUCGCGGAGUCCGGCGGCGCAGAGCGGUCGCGCGCCCCGAUUGGCGCGCGGAGGGAAGUGACAUCACGAGAAGCGCCGCGGUGGCGGGAGAUUUGAACAACGCGGCGGCGGCGGGAGGUUUGAACAGCGCGGCCGCCGCGGGAGGUUUGAACAGCGCGGCGGCGGCGGGAGGUUUGAACAGCGCGGCCGCCGCGGGAGGUUUGAACAGCGCGGCGGCGGCGGGAGGUUUGAACAGCGCGGCCGCCGCGGGAGGUUUGAACAGCGCGGCCGCCGCGGGAGGGCGCCGCCCAGGUCAGCGGGCAUUGCAGGAGAUCCGCAAGUACCAGAGCAGCACCCGCCUGCUGCUGCGCCCCGGCCCCUUCGCCCGCCUGGUGCGGGAGCUCUGCCUACUCUUCACCCGCGGAGUGGAUUACCGCUGGCAGCGCAUGGCCUUGCUGGCGCUGCAGGAGGCAGCAGAGGCCUUCAUAGUGCGGAUGCUGGAAGACGCAUACCUGUGCUCGCUGCACGCCCGCCGAGUCACCCUGUUCCCCAAGGAUCUGCAGCUGGCCCGGCGCCUGCGAGGCACUGAGGGGGGGGGCAUCUGAAUGGCGACCCCCCUGAGCCCCUGCACAGACUCAACCGCCCAGACCCCUGUACCAGGACCCCCACCCUGGGGCUCUCUCCUGACAAUCUCACACUCCUAAUUUUACUGGGACCUCCUAUGGUACCAUCAUGCUGAGACACCCCCUCAUGGGGUCCCCCAAGCUGGGGCUCUAUCCUGACAUGCCCAAUCUGAUUUAGGAUCCACUUCCCCAAGACCCCCCCACGUGGACCCACCCCAUAGACUCCCCCCUAUUGAAACCCCACCUCAGGACCCCCAACAAGCCCUUUAGGGACCCAUCCCAGGGUGGAGAUCCCCUUCCUUAGUCCAGCACCCGUCAGAUUAUUGAGGAGCCCUACCCAUGAUACCUCUGGAACCCCCCUCACCAGAAUGCCAGUCCCAAGGAAACCUACCCAGGACCACCACCUUACUGGAGACCCUCCCAGUUCUGCUGCACCACAAUAAAUUAAUAAAUGUUUGUGA